AUGGCGAGGCUGGCCUCCGUGCUCCUAGUCCUGGCCGCCCUUCUCUCCGUCCUCAUCUGCCGGGCUGCUGCAGCGGAGAAGACCGGGCAGAUCACCGUGUUCUGGGGCCGGCACGCGGACGAGGGCACUCUGGGAGACGCCUGCAACUUCGACGGCAUCUACACCGCGGUCAACAUGGCGUUCCUGAACGUGUACGGCCACGGCAAGUACCAGCUGGACCUCUCGGGCCACCCGCUCGCCGGCGUGGGCGACGACAUCAAGCACUGCCAGUCGCUGGGCAUCCCGGUGUUCCUCUCCGUUGGCGGCUUCGGCGGCGACUACGGGCUCCCGACGAACCAGUCCGCGGUCGACCUUGCCGACCACCUCUGGUACUCGUACCUGGGCGGCACCCGCGCGGGCGUGCCCCGGCCCUUCGGCGACGCGCGGCUGGACGGCAUCGACUUCUUCCUGGAGCGCGGCGGCGUAGGGGAGCACUACGACGCGCUGGCCAGAGAGCUGGCGAAGCGCAAGAGCACCCGUGGCGGUGACGGCGGGCCGCCGCUGCGGCUGACGGCGACGCCGCGGUGCGCGUCCCCGGACGGGAGUGUGCAACGUGCGCUGGCGACGGGCGUCUUCGAGCGCAUCCACGUGAGGUUCUACGACUACCCCAACUGCACGGCAUGGAUCGAGGACGCGUGGAGCCAGUGGACGGCGGCGUACCCGGGCAGCAAGAUCUUCCUGGGCCUGACGGCGUCGUACACGGACGCGUGCUACCUGGAGCGCAAGGCGGUGUUCGACAUCGUGAUGCCGAUCGUGCAGAAGCCGGACAACUACGGCGGCGUCAUGCUCUGGGACCGCUACAACGACGAGCAGAACGGUAACCAUUACAGCAGCUACGUCAAGAACUGGGUUUGA